AAACUUUUCCAAACCAUGACUGAUCUAAUUGUCGCUGAUGGAUAUGCUUCUGCUGGUUACGAAUUUAUUAACAUAGAUGAUUGCUGGUUAGAAAAACACCGCAGUCACGAUGGAAAGUUAUUAGCUGAUCACCAAAGGUUCCCAAAUGGAAUAAAAGCUUUAUCAGAUUACAUUCAUUCAAGAGGCCUAAAAUUUGGAAUCUAUGAGGAUUAUGGUAACUUUACAUGCGCUGGAUAUCCAGGUAUCAUUGGAUAUGAACAAGAAGAUGCAUAUCAGUUUGCUGAAUGGAACGUUGAUUAUGUUAAAUUAGAUGGUUGCUAUUCAUUGCCAAUUGAAAUGGACUUAGGCUAUUCCACAUUCGGAAAACUGCUCAAUAAUACUGGAAAACCGAUGGUAUUUUCAUGUAGCUGGCCUGUUUAUCAAAUAUAUGCCGGAAUUCAACCAAAUUUUUCUGCAGUGAGAACUUACUGCAACCUUUGGAGAAAUUAUGAUGACAUUCAAGAUUCUUGGACGUCUGUUGAAAAUAUAAUUGACUAUUACGGAAAUAAUCAAGAUUUAUUAGCACCAAAUGCGGGACCUGGACAUUGGAAUGAUCCGGAUAUGUUGAUUAUUGGAAAUUUUGGACUAAGCUAUGAGCAAGCAAAAACACAGUUUGCAAUCUGGUCUAUUUUGGCUGCUCCACUUUUAAUGUCUGUGGACUUACGAACUAUUCGUCCACAAUUCAAACGUAUUUUACAAAAUAGAAAAAUAAUUGCUGUCGAUCAGGACCCACUGGGAAUACAAGGACGAAGAAUUUACAAACAUAAAGGAAUUGAAAUUUGGUCAAAGCCCAUCGGACCACUUAAUGAAAACUUCUACUCCUAUGCAAUUGCUUUUAUCAAUAGAAGAUCUGACGGUACGCCAUCAGAUAUAUCAGUUACUUUAAAGGAAUUAGGACUUGUAAAUUUCAAUGGCUAUCGAGUAGAGGACCUGUAUGAAAAUGUGGACUAUGGCGUUUUAUACCCUAAUACUAAAAUCAAAGUAAAAGUGAAUCCUUCUGGAGUUGUAAUGCUCAAAGGAGAAGUUCAGUUUCCAAAUUUAAUGUAAUGUUUGUUUUUUUAGAAAUUAGUUACACAUUCAUAAAAUAAACUAAUUGGUACA